CUGCUAUGAAAACACACAUACACACACACACACACACACACACACACACACACAAACAAUGCAUGCACUCAUGUUCACACACAGUAGUGUGCAUAACAAACACAACUCUUGUAACACACAAACACACGUUUGAAUAAUACUCAUCCUGACAAACUCAUGUGAAAUACACCCACACAAGGAAGGUACAUAGAAGCCUACCUCACUGAUCUUGGUCUCAGAUACCCAGAGACUUGCCUGCCAGACACACACUUCAAUCAAGAAAUGCCGGGGAAUGAAACGCAGAUGGCCAUGUUGGCAGUUACCUCCCAGCCCCUCCCCUUUGGCAACCUGGUGAGAGAGAGGCACAUUGACAGGCUAUUCAAAGCCUAUCACAGCAGACAGAGCUCCGUCACUGAUCCUCUGGGUUUACCUAGCUCCAUAAGCCACCUGCAGCUACCUGAUAUGGUCUCAGAAGACCAAACGCUGGAUCAAAGCCACAUGGGACCCAGAACUGCAGAAGGACUAGAGACCACAGGGCAGCACUGGUCUGGGUCUUUCAGAGGAGAGAAUGGUCUGGCUCUACUAGAUACAGUCAGCCAACUACACAUCACAGCUAGCCCAGAGCUGCAAGGUCCUCAGUGUGUCUCCCACAGAACCUACAGCAUCGCCAACGGGGACAGCAGGGAGGAGCUCCUAGUGGCGGUGGAAGAGAGUUCCUGUCUGUGCAUGCAGUUCUGUGGCCCGGCCCGAGCCUGCACCAUACAAGGUUUUGACCGGCAGGCCCGUCAGCUCUUCCUCUUUGAAAGACCCAUCAGAGCGGAUGCGUGCUGUCUGGGCUGCUGCCUGAUGGAAAUUAGGGUCUACACCCCUCAACGACUGCUCUUGGGGAGCGUACGACAGAGAUGGAGCAUGUUCACUCCUCUCCUGGAAGUGUGCGAUUCCCAAGGAACCUCUACUAUACGAAUCCAGGGAUCCUGCUGCCCCUUCCGCUGUCUCUCCAACCAAGAAUUCCAGGUGAUCUCAGCCAUUGGUGAGAAAAUUGGCUCCAUAUGGAAGAAAUGGCUUGGGUUUAACGAAGAAUGCAACAUGGAUCAUGAAUACUUUGGCUUAGAAGUUCCACUGGAUAUGACAUCACAGACCAAACUUCUUCUGCUGGCUGCUACAUUCCUACUGAAUUACAUGUUCUUUGAGAUGAGCUGAACUGUACUGGCAUCAGCCAAUCAGAGAUGAGCAAAUUGAGGUCAUCAAAAAUGGACCAUGAGAACAGAAGAGGCCAAAAGACCGACCGCAUGUUUCACAGCUUUGCGGCAUCAUCAGAGAGACAAUACAUGGACCACUGUUUGGAGGGAAGGGUAUAACAGUUAGAAAAAUGACGUACUCGUAGUGGCUUCCUUUUCCUUUACAUACAUAUGUAUAUACAC